AUGGGCCACGUAAGCAAAGGCGUGCCUGUGCCAAGAUUAUCGUUAUUAACAGGUAUCAUUGUUGUUAGUUUUUUAGUGUGUAAUACAUCUGCAGCAGAAGAGCAGAGAUCGACAACGGCAGACGACAAGACGGACAAUGGACAGGCCCGUGAUAAGCUCUCGUCUGGCGCCGACGAGACUUUAGAGUCGGGACAUAUGGAUUUCUUUGGGGCAAGUGGUACAGUCAAAGAUAUUGAGUCUGUUUCACCCGACUUAAAACCACCUAAGUUUUUAAAUGAAUAUAUUUUGGCCCGGAAACCCGUUCUCCUCCAAGGAUCCAGUCGGCAUUUCCCGGCAUUUGACCACUGGCAAAGGGACGACCAUCUUAUUUCGCGACCACAAGCUUUUACAUCAUGGGUUAGCGUCCUUGACGAGUCCUCCACAGAACGCGAAGUCACAGUACGAAACUUUCUGCAGAGAUACGUUAAAAAGAAUUGGCACAUAAAUACCGAAGUGCCGCUAUUCAUGUGGGACGACAUGUACUUGCCAGACUGUAUGAUAUGUAACGUUGUCAUGAAGCAGAUGUCUCAAAACCUUCUAUGGUACUCUGGGAGAGACAGCUUUCAGCAAGUUGUGCAACGGGUCAAAGACGGUAUGAAAUGCGUCAUGUCUGGCACUGUAGAGGUCACCCUGGUUGAUCCAGCCCAAUUCUCGCAAAAGAUGCCAGACGAUGUCAGUACCAUUGACGUCAAACGCGUGAAUCUGACACGGUUUCCAGGAUUACGGAACGUGGGGUUUGUCCGCAGUUCAGUUAGUCCUGGAGAUUGCAUCUACUUACCUGCUCAGUGGUUUCAGCAAGUCAACUCGUACGGAAGAACAAUAUCGGUAGACGUGACAUUUCAUCGCCAUGAUAAGUCCGUGUCGGAGAAAGACUGUCGUGGAUUUUCAGCCAAUCAGACGUUAGGACACUACCACUUUCAGGAUCAGCUUUUGCCUUACACUACCGACCAAGACUUUAUUCUACAUCAUUUCAUUACGUACGUGUUGAACAAAGUCAAGCUGCCAUAUGAGACUUUCCGGGACAUCUUGAAGAAGGAUCGUUCUCUGUUGGCCAAUAUGACGGAAUGGACGGAAGAGUUUGAUGACAUCACACAGGAGUUGUUUCAGUCCCUGGAUGUGGACACAGAUGGGGAAUUUUCCCUACAGGACGUGGAGAAUCUUUCACAAAUCACUGUGCAGAGGUUAAGAGGUUUGCUGACUGACCGACUGGCUGAUUAUGGGGACAUCAUCGCUGAUCAACAGGCAGACGUACAGGCCAAGUCUCAGAAGGGACUGGAUCCGCUUACCCAAGCUUUCAUCACCGAGUACGUAGAACAAUUAGAGGGUGUUCUUGUACAGAGUAUUGAUCAGUUUGUACGAACAGGCACAAUGCCUGACAUCAAAUCCAAGAUGGCGAAUAUAGACGCCAAACAGCAGCUAGGUGUAGGCCAAGGCGAAACGUCAGCUGCAGGGAAGAAGGAGAAAGAAACUACAGAACAUUACACAUCUAGAGAGGAUGCCAAAGCUAAACUACAAGCACACCGAGAGAAAAAGGAGGUUGAAAAGACAAGCAAGAAGCCAGAGUCCCCGGAUGAGAACGAAGUUUAUGUUCUCGUAAAUGAGAACGACGAAGAGGAAGAGAUUCUCGCGGACGAGGAGGCGGAGGUGCAAAGGGAUAAACCAGGGCAGAAAGGAAUCGCACCCGGCCGGCCCUACUUGCCACAGCGCCUCGCCCCAUUGGAAGGGAAACCAAAAGGGACAGACACAUACAGGAAGAUCCUUCUUGGACCUUUAACCACAACAUUUGAGGCAAUCAAGCGUGUUAUAAGUACAUACCUGGAAAUUAUCAACUUCCCCAAAAGUGCCCAAAACUGGACCGCAAAAGUGGGGCAGGACGGCACCCCAGAGUUCGUUGGGGUUACCACAGAAGCCCUCAGGUUUGCGGUUGUGUUGGUCCCCGGCGAGGGCAUCAAUCUCCAGGUCCAGCGUCUGGGACCAGCCAGAGGCCUGAUCCGGGAGGUCUCUUACCAGACCUACCAUGUCACUUACAGCGGGUUUGUACUCCGGGAUGAGGGUACAACCCUCCUGUAUGGUUCCGGGUAG